UAGGAAUGUCCCUCCGAGUUCCCGUGCGCUGUUACGUCAUCUCCUAACGUCAACAUGGCUGCCCUCAAGAGUUGGGUGACACCUGGAUCCUUCACUAAAUGUUUCUUGAGACUAAGCAGAAAACCGAGCCGGGGCGGUGCAGUUCCGUCAGCUACUUGGAGCCACCACCUCCAUCAGAGUUCCCGUCUGCACACGAGAGUGCUCGAGUGUCACGGCCCGACCGUCAGGACUCUGCUGGGAUGCAGACAGCGUGGGAGGAUGGUUUGUGUGAAGGCUGUGGUCGUCAGAUACAACAGUACUCAGAUUCCACAUGAAACUGUAUCCAUGGCAACACCAGCAGCAGAUACCCCACCUCCUCCAACCUUACCCGUCCCCAGCCCAGAGCUUGUGUUGACGGAACCCAGUCCAGUUUUGACAAACCCUGUGUCUGAUGCUGCAGCUCCCACCGCAGUCGACGUCCUGCAGGCUGUAGCCACAGAACCUACUUUCGCAGAGCUGGGAUUGGGAGCCAACACUCCAGUCGGGUUGAUCCAGAAUAUUUUAGAGUACAUCCAUAUAAAUCUGGGUUUGCCGUGGUGGGGGGCCAUUGUCUUAGGGACUGUCGUGGUUCGUCUGGUCGUGUUUCCCAUCAUGGUGAAAGGUCAGCGAGAAGCAGCCAAGCUGAACAACAUCAUGCCUGACAUGGUCCGUCUCAACAACAAAAUGUCAGAAGCCAAGCAGAGCGGCAACAAAUUUGAAUUUGCCAAAGCCUACUCAGAACUGGAGAUGUGUCAGAAAAAACAUGGAGUGAAUUCCCUCAAGACCUUCCUGGUUCCGUUUGUCCAGGCUCCGAUCUUCCUUUCCUUCUUCUUGGCCCUGAAGAAGAUGGCCCAGCUGCCUGUUCCAAGCCUGCAGACCGAAGGUGUGCUGUGGUUCCCUGACCUGACUCUGGGGGAUCCUCUGUACAUCCUGCCCUUAGCCGUCAGCGGAACCAUGUUUUUUGUCCUGCAUAUGGGAGCAGAGAGUGGAAUUGAUAAUCCUAAUCUGAGGAUAAUGAAGGCCGUCAACAAAGUCAUGCCUGUGAUUAUCUUCUUUGUCACCAUCAACUUCCCCACGGCCGUCUCCACCUACUGGCUCACCUCCAACUGCUUCUCCCUACUCCAAGUGUCUCUGCUCAAACAACCACUCAUCAGGAAAAAGCUCAACAUCCCAAGUCGGAUCGUUCACCCGCCCUCGUCAAUACCCCCCCAAAAAGGAUUCAUGGAAACCCUGUCGGAAUCCUGGAAGAAUGCUAAAGCAGCCCAGCAGAUGCAGGAGAGAGACAGGAGGAUAAAAAAUCAUCUGGAACUUUCUUCUAAAGGUCCAUUAAGGCAGACCUUUACCCACAAUCCUCUGCACAAGAGCGCUCCCUUGUCCAACGACACCAAGAGAGCUGCUGUAAAAGCCAAGCCCUGGAAGGACACGGUCGUAUGAAUUGAAAGUAACAGCGUUUCACUGUCUGUUGUAAAUACAUGUGAAUGAAAUCAAUGACUAAACAUUGAUGUCACGUUUGUGUUAUUGUUAUUAUUAUUAUAAUUACAAAUAAUGUAAUAAAAUGACCGCCUCCAAACUA